CAACGAUGGGAAGAACUGUACGAGCACCGAUUUCUCAAAGAUCCCCUGAAGGACGGCGACCUUGUCCUAUUACGAAACACGGCCAUUGAGAAAUCACACAAUCGGAAAGCAAAACCCAGGUAUCUAGGCCCUUUCCAAGUCAUUGGAAAAUCAAAGGGCGGAUCGUAUGUGAUUCGAGAACUUGAUGGAACGUUUAUCAGGCGUGGCGUAGCGCCAUUCCGGAUCCUACCCUAUCGGGCUAGAAUGCAGGAAUAUGUCCCGGCA